UUUUUUCCAACGAUUGAGGUUAUAUUGAAUGUUCCGCUGGGAUUUGUUGGGAUAAAAUAUACCUAUUCCUUUAUCUGAAACAAUGAAGUGGAGUUUAAAUUUGAUAUUUCUUGUAUGUUGUAUAUGGUUAAAUGUUAGCAACAAUCAGGUAAAAGGAGAGAUUGAUGAGCAAUGUAAAGUAGAUUGUGCAUGUUGUAUAGAUAGAAAAUGUGGAAAAGGGCUGUGGUCUUCUACAGAUUGUACUCUAGGCUGUAUUGACGGUCAUAGAGGUUUUCGGUGUUAUGAACUAUGUACACACAAUUGUACAAAAUGCUCUGUUGAUGCAAAUACGUGUACUGAGUGUUAUGAUGGCUAUUACCCAGGCGCUGCCGGGGACUGCACAUCAAGGUGUUUACCCGGAUGUAAAACAUGCAAAUCAGGAAUAACGUGUACAUCAUGCAAGGAAGGAUAUAAUAACGCCGUUGGUCAAAAUGAUUGUAGUAUUCGUAACUGUCCUGACAAUUGUAAUUGUUAUAAUGGUCAAUGUGUGUCAUGCCUAGACGGAUAUUAUGAUAUCAGCAGAUCAUGUAAUAGUUUAUGUCCAAGUUACUGUGUCACAUGUUCAUCGAAUACGGAUUGUGGAUCGUGUAGGGAUGGCUAUUAUAAUGGUUACCAGAACGACAACAUUUACCACCCUUUUUUGAACGACUGUACUUCCAAGUGUCGAAAUAAUUGUGUACAAUGUUCGUCCUAUAAAAAGUGCUCGAUUUGUAAAACUGGGCGAUAUGGAUCAAACUGUGAGAACAGUUGUUCAGCCGGCUGUAGGUCAAACACUUGCAAUAUACUAACUGGAAACUGUGCAUGUUUCCCUAAUUUUGCUGGAGUGAGAUGUGACAAAUGCAAUACCGGAAAAUAUGGAAAAAUGUGCGAACAACAAUGUCCUGCAUGGUGUAAAGAUAACGUAUGUGAAAAAGAUUCCGGAGAUUGUACAGACGGAUGUACUAUAGACACGAUUACUGGUGAUAAGUGUGACGUCUGUUCAACCGGCUGGUAUGGACACUACUGUAACAUGUCUUGUUCUGUAGGAUGUAAAAAUCAGCAAUGCGAGAAAAGUAAUGGUGAAUGUUCAAAUGGAUGUCUUGAUAACUUUAUAGGAGAACAAUGCAAUCAGUGCAUUCAUGGCAAAUAUGGUGAUACAUGCCAACGUAACUGUCCAAAUAACUGUGACGAGAAGGGCUGCCUUAAAGAUUCCGGUUAUUGUAUUAGCUGUCGUGUCAACUUUCAUGGAGAGAAAUGUGAUAAAUGUCGUCCAGGUUCUUUUGGCUCACUUUGCUCUGAGAGAUGUCCGUCUAACUGUUUGAACCAUGUAUGUGACAGAGAUUCGGGCACGUGUUCUGAUGGUUGCAUAAACAAUUAUUCGGGUGACAGAUGUUGUAUAAAUAAUAACAAUUGUAUCGCAUGUUUGUCAGAUACCAGGUGUAAACAAUGUAAGUCUGGUUACUUCAAUGGCCAAUGUGACAAACAAUGUCCUCAGAACUGUUUAAAGUCCUGUCAUUUCGAAACCGGUCUUUGUGGCGGUUGUAAAAGUAACUUUUAUGGUGAAAGUUGCAAUUGUGCAUGUGCCUCUACAUGCAAGAUUCAAACAACAGCGAAUGGAAGUAUAUGUCAGCAAAGUAAUGGAAAGUGUCUAUAUGGAUGCAUAGAUGGUCUUCAUGGUUCACAGUGUACUGAGAAAUGUUCCGUUUAUUGCAACGAUAUACUUUGUAUCCAAGACGACGGCAAAUGUACGAAAGGUUGCAAAACGAGAGUAAAAAAUGACCACAUUUGCCCUCUGGUAACAGACUCAAGAUCCUCAGAACAGUCAGUAAAUAUAGCUGCUAUAUCACUUGGAACAAUUCUUGUUGUGUCAGUAGUUGUUAACAUUAUAUUUGUGGUUACGUUGAUUCUCUGGAAAUAUCGGAAAAGGGUCAAUGAUACUCACAAGACGAAAGAACCUGCUUAUGAAAACUCUGGUAUUGAACUGGAAUGCGGAAAUUUGGAGAAUGCUGGCAGUGCCAGCAAGCAUGGAAUUGUACAAGCAACAAAGAGCGACACUGUGUUAAAGUCAUCUGACUAUGAGGAUCUUGGAAGAGUUCAAGUAUCUGAGCAUGAAUAUGGAGAAAUUCGUACAGACACUUGAUAUCAUUGAUGUACUUAUAACAGUAAGCACACACGAAGAUAAAUGGUCAUCAACAACAAUGAACUGUAUUAAAAGAGUCAGACAGACAACAGAGUAACAAUUUAAAUUAUAAACAAUGGACGACAUUUUAUCAAACACAGAAUCAUUCUUUAUUGUAUAGUGCUGAAUAUCUAUUGUUCAUACUUUCUUAAAAAGCAUUUAAAACAUUUGACUGCAUGUUGAUAUUUUGAUGUCCGCACUUUUGAAGGCAUAACAGUUUCAUAUAACGGAUGUCCAUACUUACAUAAAUGUUAUUCAUUUUGUUAAGUUUUAAAAGUUUGUACAACUGUGCAUGUGAUUUUUGUGCCCCAACUUUAGUGGCGGGCAUUUAGAUUUACCCUUGUCCGUUCGUCAGUCCGUUCUCUUUUGUGUCGCAUGUAACUCAAAACUUAUUUGACCUAGAGUCAUGAAACUUUACAGGAAUGUUGAUCAGCAUGUGUAGUUGUGCACCUGGGUAUUUUUG